CUUACACUUUAGAAAUCCUCCCUUCAAAAAAUACUUGUCAUUACCGGAAGAAUGCCUUACUCAUGCGAGACUCGUCAUAUUCUACAGGUCACUUUUUAAGUGGAAUUAUCGGCUACAGAUUGGAGAUUGGAAGUUGGAGGGUUGUCGCGCUUUUUCAAACUGGUAAGAUGAGUCGGAAUAUAUAUUACUCCGAAAAAUACUACGAUGACAUCUAUGAAUACAGACACGUCCACCUACCGAAAGAUUUGGCGAAACAGGUACCUAAAAAUCACCUUAUGUCCGAAAUGGAGUGGCGAAAGUUGGGGAUUCAACAGUCAGCUGGUUGGGUGCAUUAUAUGAUCCAUGAACCAGAACCACAUAUCAUUCUGUUCCGACGAUCACGCACUGAUAUACAACAACCAACAUCAUCUGCUGCUAAUAAGACAGAAUCUGGUCAAGUCCCUAUGCAUGCAUAACUGUUAACUUUAGCAAACAAACUGCGUGUUAAGUUCUUCUUUGUUGGAAAUCGUUAAAUAAUAUGUCACUGAAUCACUGCUGCAAAAUGCUUAUGUAUAUACACUACUUUCUAUAGAUGUUUAUAUUACUAGGUACGUAUGUAUCUAUAUUCACUUUGACGCAUGA